AUGAGACGUGAAUCAAGCAUCAUAGGUGGCUCGCUUGCAGCGGCACUGCCAGUGACAGACAAGUACUGGUUUCAGCAACCACAUUUACUACGACUGAAUCUAGUCCUUCUCGUACCCUUGCUCUCAUCCUCCACUUUUGGCUAUGAUGGAUCGUUGAUGAACGGACUGCAAUCUUUGGAACAAUGGCAAGACUACUUCGAAAAUCCCACGGGCUGCCUCUUGGGGACAAUAGUCGCGGCGCAGUCUAUCGGAAGUGUCGUCGCGCUUCCAUUCCUGGGCAAUCUCUGCGACUGGUAUGGUCGCAAGGUGAUCCUAUUUGCUGGACUCAUCAUCAUAUGCAUUGCCGCAGCUAUCCAGUGUGCGUCAGUGAACUUGGCUAUGUUCAUAGUAGCCCGCAUUCUGAUUGGAGUCGGAGGGAUGUUCAGCUCCCAACCAAGCCCAAUGCUGAUUGCGGAGUUGGCUUACCCUACACAUCGUGGUAAAUAUACUUCGGCGUAUUGGACGAUGUACUACUUGGGUGCCAUUCUAUCAUCAUGGUGCACGUUUGGAACACAAGCUCUGUCCAGCAGCUGGGCAUGGCGCGUCCCUUCUAUCCUGCAAGCAGGGUAUCCUGUCGUGCAGCUCGCCUUUCUGUACUGGGUUCCAGAAUCACCUCGCUGGCUGGUAGCGCAGAACAAGAUCGAUGAAGCCACGAAGAUUCUAAAAAGAUACCAUGCGGGCCAAGAGGAUCCGGAAGAAGAGCCCUCGCCUCUGGUUGCAAUGGAAAUAGCAGAGAUCACAACCGCCAUCGAGCUGGAAAAGAGCUUCGAAAGCACCGGAUGGUCCGCCUUAACUGCAACACCAGGUAACCGCAAACGAACCACCAUUGCAAUCUGCGUCGGCACAUUCGCACAAUGGAACGGCAUAGCUGUAGUCUCCUACUUCCUGACCCUAGUCCUAAACUCCGUCGGAAUCACAUCUUCCUACACGCAGACUUUAAUCAACGGCUUCCUCCAACUCUUCAACUUCGCCGCCGCAUUCAUGGCCGCCUUUCUCGUCGAUCGCCUUGGUCGUCGGACACUAUUCCUCUGGAGCGGCAUAGGCAUGUUCAUCUCAUUCAUAGUAUGGACCAUUUGCUCAGCCCUCAACAGCGAGACCGGCUCCAAGCCCGCAGGGUACGUCGUCAUCGUUUGCGUUUUCGUCGUCUACUUCCACUAUGACAUCGCCUGGACGCCCUUACUCUUGGGGUACCCUACGGAGAUUUUUCCUUACUCGCUUCGGUCGAAGGGUCUGGCGGUGGAAAUGAUGUCCGUUUACGGAUCACUUAUUAUUGCAUCGUUUUGCAAUCCCAUUGGAAUGGAGAAUCUGGGAUGGAAGUAUUAUAUUGUGUUUUGUGUCUUUCUUAUGGGGAUACUAGCUACUGUUUAUUUCUAUUUCCCGGAGACAAAGGGUCAUACGCUGGAAGAGAUAGCUGUCAUUUUUGAUGGCGAGCGAUCGGGUCUGCGGCACGGUGAUGAUGACUGUAUCGCGGAUGGGAAGAUGAAGAUGAGCUCGACUCAUGUGGAGGUUGUCUAG